AAGAAGACGAUGCUAAUCAAUGGCUGUUUCCGUUAGCUUUCAGACGCAAUAACGUUAUAUUUUAUGUCUAGUGCUGCGUUUAGACAGCGAGCCGUUUAAUGAAACCCAUGACAAAAGCCUACAACAGACCUUAAACACAACAUGCAAAAUGAAUCGCCCCAAACCUCCAACUUUGAGGCGCCCCAGUGCUGCAAAACCAUCAGGUCACCCACCUCCAGGGGAUUUCAUUGCCCUUGGAUCAAAGAGCCAGGGAGGGGAGCCCAAAGCCCCGGCUGUGCUCCUGAAACCAGCAGCUACAGGUUUACCAGCUGACCGAAAGAGGGAGACAUCCUCCGCUCUGCCUUCCUCAUCGAGUCUGUCCAGCCUCGCCAAACGUCCUAAACUAUCCACCACUCCUCCCGUCAGUGCCCUUGGAAGACUUGCUGAUGUAGCAGCUGUGGACAAGAGGGCUAUAUCACCCUCGAUAAAGGAGCCAUCAGUGGUGCCAAUUGAAGUGUCACCGGUGGUGCUGCUGGAUGAGAUCGAAGCUUCAGAGUCUGAAGGAAAUGACGAUCGCAUUGAGGGACUGCUGUGUGGAGCAGUGAAGCAACUCAAGAUGAACAGAGCCAAGCCUGACAUCACGCUGUACCUCAGUCUCAUGUUCCUGGCCAAAAUCAAGCCCAAUGUUUUCGCAACUGAAGGAAUCAUUGAGGCUCUGUGUAGCCUCCUGCGUCGGGAUGCGUCCAUCAACUUUAAAGCCAAAGGCAACAGUCUGGUGUCCGUUCUUGCCUGCAAUCUUCUGAUGGCGGCCUACGAGGAGGACGAGAACUGGCCAGAGAUCUUCGUCAAAGUGUACAUCGAGGACUCUCUGGGUGAAAGAAUCUGGGUGGACAGUUCUCACUGUAAGAUUUUUGUUGACAACCUCCAAACUGCUUUUGGCACAAAGAUGCCGCCAAAGAGUAUGCUGCUGCAGGCUGACACCACCCGCUCUGGUGGAGAUCUCAGUGCAGGUAGCAGCCCUCACCCUUCGACUCCCGAUGAGGAUGACAGCCAGACUGAGCUGCUGAUAGCGGAGGAGAAACUCAGCCCUGAGGAUGAGGGGCAGAUGAUGCCGAGGUAUGAUGAGCUGGCAGAGAGCGUGGAGGAUUACGUGCUCGACGUCCUCAGGGAUCAGCUGAAUCGCAGGCAGCCGAUGGACAACGUGUCGCGAAAUCUGCUACGGCUGCUCACGGCAACGUGCGGCUACAAAGAGGCACGACUCAUGGCCGUGCAGAGGCUGGAGAUGUGGCUCCAGAACCCGAAGCUGACUCGCCCGGCCCAAGACCUCCUUAUGUCUUUGUGUAUGAACUGCAACACCCACGGAGCAGAUGACAUGGAGGUUAUCUCCAACCUGAUCAAGAUUCGGCUCAAACCCAAAGUCCUCCUCAACCACUACAUGCUGUGUGUCAGGGAGCUCCUUAAUGCGCAUAAAGACAACUUGGCCACGAUGGUGAAGCUGGUGAUCUUCAAUGAGCUGUCCAAUGCCAGGAAUCCCAACAAUAUGCAAGUCCUUCACACAGUGCUGCAGCACAGCCCAGAACAGGCUCCCAAGUUCUUGGCGAUGGUGUUCCAGGACCUGCUCACCAAUAAGGACGAUUACCUCCGUGCCUCACGAGCAUUAUUGAGGGAGAUCAUUAAACAGACCAAGCACGAGAUAAACUUCCAGUCCUUCUGCUUUGGUUUAAUGCAGGAAAGAAAGGAGCCCAGUUAUGUGGACAUGGAGUUCAAGGAGCGUUUUGUUAUCCAAGUGACGGAUUUACUGACCGUCUCCAUGAUGCUGGGCAUCACCGCUCAGGUCAAAGAAGCCGGCAUUGCAUGGGACAAAGGCGAGAAGAAGAAUCUGGAGGGCCUGAGGUCGUUUCAGAACCAAAUUGCUUCCAUACAGAGAGACGCUGUGUGGUGGCUUCACACUGUGGUUCCCACCAUCAGUAAAGUUGGUGCCAAAGAUUAUGUUCACUGCCUCCACAAAGUGCUUUUCACAGAGCAACCGGAGACGUAUUACAAGUGGGACAACUGGCCCCCAGAGAGUGACAGAAAUUUCUUCCUUCGUCUCUGCUCUGAGGUUCCUCUCUUGGAGGACACACUGAUGCGUAUUCUGGUGAUCGGGCUGUCACGGGAUUUGCCGCUGGGUCCGGCCGAUGCCAUGGAGCUGGCAGAUCACCUGGUCAAGAGGGCGGCUGGAGUUCAGUCUGAUGAUCUGGAGGUCCUGAGAGUGGAGAGGAUCCAGCUCAUUGACGCAGUGCUGAAUCUGUGCACAUACCAUCACCCAGAGAACAUUCAGCUGCCAGCAGGGUACCAACCACCAAAUUUGGCGAUAUCCACUCUCUACUGGAAGGCAUGGCUGCUGAUUCUUGUUGUGGCUGCGUUUAAUCCCCAGAGGAUAGGUUUGGCUGCCUGGGAUGGCUAUCCAACGCUGAAAAUGCUCAUGGAGAUGGUCAUGACAAAUAACUACUCAUACCCUCCCUGCACCGUUGCCGACGAGGACACAAAGACCGAGAUGAUCAACAGGGAGCUGCAGAUUUCCCAGAGGGAGAAACAAGAGAUCCUGGCCUUUGAGAGCCACCUGGCAGCAGCUUCGACCAAACAGACCAUCACAGAGAGCAACAGUUUGCUGCUGUCUCAGCUCACGAGUCUGGAUCCACAGGGUCCUCCUCGUCGGCCUCCACCACCGGUGCAGGAGCAGAUAAAGAGUCUCAACCAGUCUCUGCGUCUGGGGCACCUCCUCUGCCGCAGCCGUAACCCGGACUUCCUCCUCAACAUCAUCCAGAGACAGGCUUCCUCUCAGUCCAUGCCAUGGCUGGCUGACUUGGUUCAGUCCAGUGAGGGGUCCUUGGAUGUGCUCCCAGUGCAGUGCCUGUGUGAAUUCCUCCUGCACGAUGCCGCCGAUGAGAGUCAGUCAAUAGAGGACGAUGAUGAAGCGGAGAGCAAGGAGCAGAGAGCCAAAAAGAGACAAAGACAACAAAAGCAAAGGCAGCUGCUUGGAAGACUCCAGGAUCUUUUGUUGGGUCCUAAGGCAGACGAACAGACGACAUGUGAGGUGCUGGAUUAUUUCCUGCGUCGCCUUAGCUCCUCUCAGGUGGCCUCGAGAGUCCUAGCCAUGAAGGGUUUGUCGCUGGUGCUCGGUGAGGGAGGUUUGAAGGACGGAGACGAGCGGGAUCAGCCCAUGGACGAAGAUUCAAUGGAUGCUGAGCUUCUGCCCGGAUACCAGUGGCUGCUGCAAGACCUUCCAAAGCUGCCGUUGUUUGACAGUGUCCGCGGAAUGACGUCCACUGCUCUGCAGCAGGCCAUCCAUAUGGAGACAGAUCCACAGACAAUUAGUGCCUAUCUCAUCUACCUUUCCCAGCAUGCACCAGUGGAGGAGCAGGCUUCUCAUAAUGACCUUGCUCUGGACGUCGCCCGGCUGAUCGUGGAGCGCUCCACCAUCAUGAACAGCCUCUUCUCUAAACACUCCUCCAGGCCCGAGUCUGAGGCCAUGCUCUCUGCUUUCCUCAACAUCUUCUCUUCGUACAUCAGGAGGAUGAGGAAAACCAAGGAGGGCGAGGAUCUUUACAGCUGGUCUGAAUCUCAGGACCAGGUGUUUUUGCGGUGGACUACAGGAGAGACAGCAACGAUGCACAUCCUUGUCGUCCAUGCCAUGGUUAUCCUGCUGACUCUAGGGCCGCCCAAAGGAGAGAGUGACUUCUUUCAUCUUUUGGACAUUUGGUUUCCUGAUAAGAAACCUCUUCCCACUGCCUUCUUGGUCGACACGUCAGAGGAGGCACUUCUCUUGCCUGACUGGUUGAAACUCAGAAUGAUCCGGUCAGAGGUUUCCCGACUGGUUGACGCAGCUUUGCAAGACUUGGAGCCUCAGCAGCUGCUGCUGUUUGUUCAGUCCUUUGGCAUCCCUGUGUCCAGCAUGAGUAAACUGCUGCAAUACCUGGACCAGGCCGUUUCCCAUGAUCCACAGUCACUCGAGCAGAACAUCAUGGAUAAGCACUACAUGGCGCACCUGGUGGAGGUGCAGCACGAGCGAGGGGCCACCGGGGGGCACACUUUCCAUUCAUUACUGAGCUCCUCUCUUCCAAGUGAGAGAGACUCCGCUGAUACAAGUAAGGUCAAGGUUACCGUGGAAACGCCCCACAGCUCUGUGAAAAUGAGAGCUGCCUCUCAGCUUCCUGUGGUCGGACCUGAAGAUGAUCUGACUGGAAUGUUGCUUCAGGUGGAGAUUGUCUCUGCUCUCACUGUUUCCCGUGUCUGUGCAGUAAAUUGCUACUUUUACUGUAACCAGGUCAGAUUAAUGUUAAUAUUUCUGUUUCUUUUACUUCGACAGAUAUUCCCCUUGAAGGUGGACCCUCGCUGGCCUGGUCCGCCCCCCAGCCAGCUCUCUCUGGCCCUGCAGCAAGCCCUGGCCAAAGAGCUGAUGCGGGCCAAACAGGGCCAAGUCCAGCAGUGCAGUUUGGCAUUUCGCCUCCUUCAGGCCAUCGCUGCCCUGCUCACAUCUGCCCACGCAGGACCAAUUGUCAUGUCAAUGCACCGCAGCCAUGCCCUCUCCUGUCCUCUCAUGCGCCAGCUUCACCUCUAUCAGCGCCUCGUGUCCCAGGACAUUUCUUUCUCCUCGCUGUUCCUCAAGGUCACAGUUGAGAUGUUAAUCUGGUUAGACAAUCCGACUGUGGAGGCGGGGCCUCUGAAGACUUUGCUCAGGUCCUUCGCUGGGCAGAGUUCCCACAAUCACAGGCACGCGGACGUGCGGACAGGUUUCCUCCACCUGGCUGAGGCCCUGGCGUAUCGCGGAGACACUGAGGUGCCGCUGAGAGCCAUCAUUGCGAUGCUGAAAGCUGGGGACAGGUGUAACGCAGAAGCAGAGCUCAUUGGCAAAGUGUUACAUGGGCUGAUGGAAGUGAAGUCACCAUAUUUGGAGGAGCUACUGUCUCUGCUGAUGACUGUGGGUACACAGAACGGGACAGCCGGCCCUGUUGCUAUGGUGAUUUCCUUGCUGCUCCAGGAAAGUGAGGAGCGAGCUGUGAAGAAGGAAGUGGAUUCCAACAACUGUGAGGUGACAAAGUCUGGACUGAGCUCUGGGCUUCUCGUCGAUUGGCUGGAACAUCUGGACCCAGAAGUCACUUCGGUGUGUCCGGACCUUCAGCAGAAACUGCUGUUCACCCUCAACAAGGUUCGAGGCACCCCUGCUUACAGACCCUAUCUUCUGGCCUUGCUCACACAUCAGUCAAACUGGUCGACCCUCCUGCAGUGCAUCAGCGCUCUUCUCGGCAAGCGGCGAGACUACAAACUGGACCCAUCAUCAGCCCUGGAUUUCCUGUGGGCCUGCAGCCACAUCCCACGAAUCUGGCAAGGACGUGACCAGAAGAUCCCUCAAAAGAAAACGGAGAAGUUUGUGCUGCGACUCAGUUCGGAGGAGCUCAUCAGCCUGGUGGACCUGAUCCUGUCCGAGUCGGACCUCAACAGCCAUGACUCGCAACAGUGCGACGACAAAAGCAGCGUGGACCAGGCCUCGCGCUCCCUCAUCCAGUCUCGGCUGCCCCUCCUUCACUCCUACUGCAACGGUGACCUCGAAAACAUCAAGAAAGUGUCGGAGUACCUCAUCAGCUGCGCAAAGAAGUGGGAGGACAGGGCGAUGAGUAAGCGGUGCCAGAACUUGCUGCUGCAGAUCUACCUGCACUUUCCCGAGGUCAUCCAGCACGUUACUCUGCCUGAGGGCACCUUCAGCAGCGGAGGAGCUGCGGACGGCAGCAGCUGCAAGCUGGACAUCCUGGUGCAUCGCCUGGUCACGCUGCUCGCUGAGAUCGGAGACUCAAAGUCGGCCGAGAGUCGCGUGUCGGACGCCAACCUUGCCUGUAGAAAGAUGGCGGUGUCGCAUCCCGUCCUUUUGCUCAGACACCUGCCUAUGAUCGCGGGCCUCCUGCACAGUCGCAUUCACCUCAACAUGCACGAGUUUCGGCAGCAGAACCACAUGACCUUCUUCAGCAACAUGCUCGCCAUCCUGGAGCUGCUGCAGCCGCUCGUUUUCCACAGCGACCACCAGAGGGCGCUUCAAGACUGCUUUCUCUCCUUCAUGAAAGUCCUUCAGAACUUUCAGAGGACUCGUUCCCCGUUGGUCUUCAUCAACAAAUUUCUGCAGUUCACACAGAAGUAUAUAACGCACGACGCAGCUGCCGCCAUUCCUUACCUACAGAAGCACUCUGACAUCUUACAGUGUCUGUGUGCAGAGAACCCAGACCUGGUGCAGCUGAAAUCUCUCCUGGCUGGACUCACUUUGCCAGUGACAAGUUCUUCUGCUGAGGUCACAGCAGAGGAAAGAGAUGAUGACAUGUCCACUGGUUCCCUGCCCCUUGUCAGCAUAUCUGCCUCGGUUUCGCUCAGCACGGCCGACAUGACCAUGUAUCUGAAAAAGAUGUCGCGAGGAGAAGCCGUCGAGGAUGUGUUGGAAGUGUUGACAGAGGUGGAUGAUAAGUCCAGGAGGAGCCCAGAGAUCAUCCAGUACUUCAUUAACGAUCUCCAGAGACUCAUGGUUUCCCCCGAGGAGCUGUGUCGAAACAUGGCCUUCAGCCUGGCCCUGCGCUGCAUGCAGAACAACCCCUGCCUGGCAACGGACUUCCUGCCAACAUUCAUGUACUGCAUGGGCAGCGGCAACUUUGACGUGGUGCAGACUGCUCUCAGGAACCUUCCAGAAUACGUACUUCUCUGUCAAGAACACGCAGACAUCUUGCUCCACAAAGCAUUUUUGGUCGGUAUCUACGGACAAAUUGACACCAGUACAAUGAUCGCAGAGUCUAUGAAGGUUCUUCACAUGGAAGCGACAACAUAACACGUUUACUGAUGAAUAAAAGUGUCAUUCAUUCUCUGCAUUCCCAGGAUAGAUAUUAUUAUUAUUUUAUUUUAUUUUUUUUAAUGUUGCCUUUUCGUGAAAACAUUGCUCUUAUUUGAAUACAGCAGAUUAUAGAAAUAUGCGGCUCUUUUUGUCGGCACUUCAGACUAAAGUGAACUGGAGCCACCAGUAGUGUCAUAAUUAACUCACUUCAAAGACGAGUAUUAAAUCUCCCCUUAAACGAGUUGGAAAAUGUAAUAAUGAAAAACUGUGAAAUUACUAUUCACAUUAUAAAAUCACAAUUAGUGCAGUAAUCACUCAUUAAAGGGUGGAAAUUGUUUUUAACUGAUAAUGUAACAAUACUUUUCAACGGUAAUGGAAAAACUGAAACCGUGUUAUCGGUUUUCUCUGCGUGAUUUACAGAGCGGUUUGUUUGAAUAAUUGUAAUGUAAUAAAAAAUUGAUUAUAUUACAAAUAUUAAACCCAGCAUUUCAGUUGAUUUACAGGGAGAUUUGUUUGUUAUUAUAUGUCAUAAUUUGAAAUCUUUUCCAUCCAUAAAAACAAUAUUCAUCUUUGAUUCACAUGCAUUUUUGUGAGCAAUUUUCUAAAUUUUGAGUCACAACACAACAAGAAAUAAUGUCACAUUGCUUUAUCUGUUACUGGAACACGAGCUGUGAGCCACUCUGGUCUGAACUGAAUAAAAUAAUGUUUGAAAAAUGA